AUGCCGUUGUCAAUGCCGGCUGAAAACUGUUGGGAACGUCCCGCAACAGCUUUAGGUCAUUGUACCAAUUCGGUGCUUUUUGACCGUGAUAUACCCCGGAAUGACAACGGCAGUGCUCUCAACUCGGUAAGCAAUUUGCGUGCCUUGGUUGCAUGCCUCGUCCUUUGUCCAGUGAUAUUCAAAGGGAAACAGUCUCAGGGGAAAGCUCAAAUGAGAUUGUCCCAACUCGACAGUGAGUUUAGUGUGUAUGAAGGGCAACAGAGCUGA